CAUUUCCACCCCAAGACAUACUGCUGUCAGUCACCGUGACUUACUACAGAAGCUGUUGGGGAAUCUUCGUUGGGAAGAGUUUUGUGAUCUGAAAAAGCUCGCUCAGACCUUGUGUGAACAGUAAUGACCUCACGUUUCCGAUUGCCUGCUGGCAGAACCUACAAUGUAAGAGCAUCGGAGUUGGCCCGAGACAGACAGCAUACAGAGGUGGUGUGCAACAUCCUACUUCUGGAUAACACUGUGCAAGCCUUCAAAGUUAACAAACAUGAUCAGGGGCAAGUUCUGUUGGAUAUAGUCUUCAAGCAUCUUGAUUUGACGGAGCGAGACUAUUUUGGUUUACAGUUGGCUGACGAUUCCUCAGAUAACCCAAGGUGGCUGGAUCCAAACAAACCAAUAAGGAAGCAGCUGAAGAAACUGCUUUUAUUAAUUCUAGGAGGAUCUCCUUACAGUUUGAACUUUAGAGUCAAAUUCUUUGUAAGUGACCCCAACAAAUUACAAGAGGAAUAUACAAGGUACCAGUACUUUUUGCAAAUUAAACAAGACAUUCUUACUGGAAGAUUGCCCUGUCCUUGUAAUACUGCUGCCCUUUUGGCUUCAUUUGCUGUUCAGUCUGAACUUGGCGAUUACAAUCAGUCAGAGAAUUUGCCAGGCUACCUCUCAGAUUAUUCUUUCAUUCCUAAUCAACCUCAAGAUUUUGAAAAAGAAAUUGCAAAAUUCCAUCAGCAACAUACAGGCUUAUCUCCUGCAGAAGCAGAGUUUAAUUAUCUGAACACAGCACGUACCUUAGAACUCUAUGGUGUGGAAUUCCACUAUGCAAGGGAUCAAAGUAACAAUGAAAUUAUGAUUGGAGUGAUGUCAGGAGGAAUUCUGAUUUAUAAGAACAGGGUACAAAUGAAUACCUUUCCAUGGUUGAAGAUUGUAAAAAUUUCUUUUAAGUGCAAACAGUUUUUUAUUCAACUUAGAAAAGAAUUGCAUGGAUCUAGAGAAACAUUACUGGGAUUUAAUAUGGUGAAUUACAGAGCGUGUAAAAAUCUGUGGAAAACGUGUGUGGAACAUCACACAUUCUUCCGUUUGGACAGACCACUUCCACCUCAAAAGAAUUUUUUUGCACAUUAUUUUACUUUGGGUUCCAAAUUCCGGUACUGUGGGAGAACCGAAGUCCAGUCAGUACAGUAUGGCAAAGAAAAGGCAAAUAAAGACAGGGUAUUUGCAAGAUCCCCAAGUAAGCCCUUGGCACGGAAAUUAAUGGAUUGGGAAGUAGUGAGCAGAAACUCAUUAUCUGAUGACAGGUUAGAGACACAGAGUCUUCCAUCUCGGUCUCCACCUGGAACUCCUAGUCAUCGAAACUCUGCAUUCACACAAGAGGGAACCCGGUUACGACCAUCUUCAGUCGGACACUUGGUAGACCAUGUGGUUCACACUUCCCCAAGCGAAGCAUUUGUGAAUCACAGAUCCCCGUCAUCAACACAAGCCAACAGCAUCGUUCUGGAAUCGUCACCAUCACAAGAGACGCCUGGAGAUGGGCAGCCUCCAGCUUUACCACCCAAACAAUCGAAGAAAAACAGUUGGAACCAAAUUCAUUAUUCACACUCUCAGCAAGAUCUGGAAGAUCAUAGUAAUGAAACAUUUGAUGUUCCAUCUUCUCCAGAAAAAUCUACUCCUAACGGUGGUAUUCCACAUGAUAAUCUUGUUCUAAUCAGAAUGAAGCCUGAUGAAAAUGGAAGAUUUGGAUUCAAUGUAAAGGGAGGAUAUGAUCAGAAGAUGCCUGUGAUUGUGUCCCGAGUAGCACCAGGAACACCUGCUGACCUCUGUGUCCCUCGAUUGAAUGAAGGGGACCAAGUUGUACUGAUCAACGGUCGGGACAUUGCGGAACAUACCCACGAUCAGGUUGUCAUGUUUAUUAAAGCUAGCUGUGAGAGACAUUCGGGGGAACUCGUGCUCCUGGUUCGCCCUAACGCUGUAUAUGAUGUAGUGGAAGAAAAGCUGGAAAGUGAGCCGGACUUCCAGUACAUUCCUGAGAAAGCCCCACUAGAUAGUGUCCAUCAGGAUGACCAUUCCCUACGGGAGUCAAUGAUCCAGCUAGCUGAGGGGCUUAUCACUGGAACAGUCCUGACACAAUUUGAUCAACUAUAUCGGAAAAAACCUGGAAUGACAAUGUCUUGUGCAAAAUUACCUCAGAACAUUUCCAAAAAUAGAUACAGAGAUAUUUCGCCUUAUGAUGCUACACGGGUCAUUUUAAAGGGUAAUGAAGACUAUAUCAAUGCAAAUUAUAUAAAUAUGGAAAUUCCUUCUUCCAGUAUUAUCAAUCAGUACAUCGCUUGUCAAGGGCCAUUACCGAACACUUGUACAGAUUUUUGGCAGAUGACUUGGGAACAAGGCUCCUCCAUGGUUGUAAUGUUGACCACACAAGUUGAACGUGGCAGAGUUAAGUGUCACCAGUAUUGGCCAGAACCCACAGGAAGUUCAUCCUAUGGGUGCUACCAAGUCACCUGCCACUCAGAAGAAGGAAACACUGCCUGUGUCUUCAGGAAGAUGACACUGUUCAACCAGGAGAAAAACGAGAGUCGUCCGCUCACUCAGCUCCAGUACGUAGCCUGGCCUGACCAUGGAGUUCCGGAUGAUUCGAGUGACUUUCUGAAUUUCGUUUGUCAUGUACGAAGUAAGAGAGCCGGCAAGGAAGAGCCAAUUGUCGUUCAUUGCAGUGCUGGGAUCGGAAGGACGGGGGUUCUUAUUACCAUGGAAACAGCCAUGUGUCUCAUCGAAUGCAAUCAGCCAGUGUAUCCUCUAGACAUUGUCAGGACCAUGCGAGACCAGCGAGCCAUGAUGAUCCAGACACCCAGUCAAUACAGAUUUGUAUGUGAAGCUAUUUUGAAAGUCUACGAAGAAGGGUUUGUUAAGCCCCUAACGUCAUCAUCAAGUAAAUGAGAAAGCGAAAGGAAUGGACUGUGUUGGGAAACUGCUGUCCAUCACACUCACGGUGCCAUAGUACUGCUCGCAGGAAGUGGCGUUUAAACAAAAAUGAAGAACUAGCAAAAACUUGGAAACUUCAGCACUGCUGCACUUUACGUUGAAGAAGUCACUCUCUCGAACUCUGGAACUCGUGUAUUUGAAGACUGUCUCAUGCUUUGCUCCGAACAAACACUGACUAACUGAGUAUGUUCAGGGUAAUUUAUGAAGUUUGUGGUGGUACCACGUGGUCCCCUUCUGGCAGAGUUGCCACAGACAAGGCUCAGAGUCCUCGUCAUCUCUAUUACACACCUGUAUCUUGAAAGCAAAAAGAAGUGAACAUCAGGAGUCAGCCAUGGUCUUUCCCUGUGGUUCAUGUACUUAACUAUCUACUAAUUUUCAGAUUUUAUUUUUAAAAUUUUAGCAAUAUCGUUCUCAAUAUUAGCCAAUAUUCUGCCUAUGGAUGCAGCACAUCUUUCCCUGUACUCCCCCGGUAGAGACCUGCUGUUCGUGAGAAGUAUGGAAUUCGCUUUUCCCAGGAAAUGCUGCACAUUGUCCAGUUACCAGCAUCUUCUAGAAGUAUAAAUAUGAAAGAUGAGUCUACACGUUCUCUUGGAUUUAAUAAUGUAACUUAUAUUUAUCAUAAGGCUGGCUUAUUCCAAAUCAUGUGAUUUCACAUACUUGAUGUAAAUGAAUGCAUGCAUUGUGUCUUAACCCCUUAAGUGCCUUGAGACGUCCUUGUAUGUCUAACGAAAAGGCACUCAUUUGACCCCACUAGGAGGUAUGUAUGUAUAUUGUACAUUCUUACAUUUUUGUGAAUUUUCAGUAAGUUCACAUCUUAAAGAACAGCUUCCUGUAUUGAGAGUUAUGCAGUCAAAGAAGGGUAAGGAAGUUCUGUUGCUUUCAUUCUGAACUCAAUGCUUGUAUUUUGCCAUAAAAAAGGAGAGAGAAGAGAGAAUUUGUGUUCUUUUGAGUGAACGCGCUGCUGCUAUCAAAUUUUUCAAAAUCUGCACAUUCCUUUCCUGGGGGACAGGGGUUCAGUUCAGCGGUUCAACAUAAAAAGACGCUUUAUUCUUCAGAUUUCGUAUUUAGUUUAUCCCCGCUCUUAGAUAUGAUAUCUAAUAUGCACAUAAGAGUUAAACAUCGAUACUCUAAGGUAAAGUUAUAACAGCUGAUUAUGAUUUAUUCCCAUCACUAACGAAAUUGUUACUUUUCAGAGUCCAUUUCAGUUCAUAUCAAGCUUUGUGCACACUGUCGAGAUGCUUCAACCGAGGAAGUGUUACUGGCUUGUCUCUACAUGCGAUCGCUCAGUCACUGUCAUGAGGGUUGCUUGUCAUUUUUGUGUAGUUAAAUUGCUCCAGUUUGUAUGUACUAAUUUAAAUUGCAAGUAUGUUAAUAAGGAGAGUUUUGGUUGUCCAGCCUGGUGGAAGAUCUGAUUUCCCUUUAAGGAUGUGUAUAUUUUCCUCUUUAGGCUGUUGUUUUAUUUUUAGUUGCCCAGUUUAAUGAGGGAAAUUUGCUCACCUACUCAAAUGUUAUUUUACACAAUUAUUUUAUAAGAAUUGUGGUCAAAAUAGAUUUAAAUAUCAAUGGCUUUUUAAUAUUUCUCUAUAGUCUUGAUGAGAUUUAGAGUCAAAUGAGAGCUAUUUUGGAAUGCCAUUUAGUAUGAGAAGAAAAAGUACGUUUAAGAAACUUCAGUCUAAAAUGAUAACAUUUCCAAGUAUUCAAAAUUCAUAAUAAUAAUUUUUAGAAGUUAUACUUCUAAACAUUAAUAGACAAGAUACCAAAUAAAUUAUCGUUUUAAAAUAUUUUAAAAUUUGUUUAAAGAGAGGAGUAAACAUAACCUUUAUGUCGAAGAGAGAUUGUCUUAUCUAUUUCCAGAUUUUAGAAUGAAGACAGUGUAGGAUAGUAAAUAACCAUAGUGUUAUGUAAACAUUCCAUUCUUACCACCAGAUAAGUGUAAUCUAGGCUGCUGUGUGGCACCAUGAUAAAUUGGAAGCUGAAAACGUAAAAUCAUGCUGGGGGGUCGGGGGAUGACGUAUGAUGCAACUUUCAGCGGUUGUUUCUCACGAGAAUGUUCUGUGUGUAUAGACGAAUAAGGCAGCCGUAGACAGAAGGAGACGGCUGUGUAGAUGCAAACCCACAGAUGUCAUGGUUGGAGUGUUCUUUAAUGUAACGCUGGGUCUGCACUUCUGAAAGUGACUCUAAUAAUUUGUGGGCCACGCGUAAUGCUGCCUUUCUCUAAUCAUUAAUGCCUGUCUUUAAAUGACAGUGUCUUAGAAGCUUAGAAUUACAUUUGAAUUUCUCCUGUGUGAAUUUUCAUCUGAGCGCCACCCUCUAUCAGUACUUUUAUGUACAGAAAGAUCCUUUUUUAAAAGCAUUUUUAUUGGGAUCUUCCUUAAAUUUAAAAUAAAUUGUCCUUCACACCUUCUUAACACGAAUAUGCUAACUAUGUUUCCCUGUUCACCCAAAAGAUAAGACUUUAUCCAGCACACCUAAGAAUUUUUUAACCUGUUUGUUAGUAAUCUAAAGAGGUUUCUAAGGAUAGUCCUAGCUUUCAGACUUCAGUUAGUUCUAGACCUACUCCAUAUCAAUGCAGUUUUGUGUGAUAAAAUUCCUAGUGUCUAAGCUACUCUCCCCUCCUCCAGCUACCCCUCACACACACUCGAAGAAGCAAUGCUGGUUUUUAUUCUGACAAAUGGAAAUAGAUACUGAUGAAUCGAUGGGCUUUUGUAAAUGCUAAGAAGUGUUUGUGUGACCUUUCCCCUGAUUUGGGAUGGCUUUUCCACGUUUAUUGAGCAUCUGAUUUGUGUCAGCACUGUGUACAUAGGAUUAGGAAUAUUUUGGAAUAGGCUUUAUAUUUCCCAAAAAAGGCGUUGGUAGUAUUUGUUACGCCAAUGCAUCCGUUCAAAACAGCGGCAGAGUAAACAACCUAAGAAAUAAUUCCCUUUGUGUGGCCUGCUAAUACUAGUAGGAUGGGUAGACAAGGGAGGAUCAUUUUGAUUACGAGUAAAGAGAAAAUUGAUUGUAUGAAAACUAUCUUCCAAUAUGUAAAUGUGACGUGAAGCCAUGAAGACAGUUGCUUGAAGGUCGCGAGAACUAGCACGGACACGGAGAUACUUUUGUGCGUUUAUUUAUGUGUGUAUUUCCCAAUGGCCAACGCGCACAAACAGAAGGAAAGGGUUGUUGGAACUAGAGGGUUGUUUAUUAUCUGUUGGCAGGUCUGAUCGGGUCUAAUCAGGUGUCUGAGCAAAAGUCUUCUGUCUCUACUAGAAGUAAUAAAACUUGCGAGCUGAAAGGGACUUGAAAGAUUUGCUCCAGUCUCCCCUUCCCCCAUCUUAUUGGCACAAAGCAGAGGUUCCGCAGGGCAAGGGAUUGAGCAGAGCCUGCUUUUCCGCAGCCUGAGGUUCCCAGUUCUCAGUCGGGUGUUCUUUGUAUCCUACUAGGACGUCCGUAAAUUAUAAUGUGAAUAUGUGAAUACCCUAAAUUCUUGUAACUUUUAGCCCGUUUCAGCUCAAAGAAGCAUACGCGGGCAGUGUUUUCACUUACUAACUGUGGUGACCUUGGAAGAUGGCACUUAGGGUAGAAAAUAACUAGGCUUCAGAAGUGAUCCUAGGAUGCUCACUCAGUUUGCUAGUCCUGCUUCCCCAGCAAGCAUGGGCUUCUGUAUUUAGGUUCGUAUCCGUGCAGUAUGAAGACCUUCUGGACUGCAAAUUAGAGGACUAGUUUUUAAAAGCACUUAAAACAUAUAACAAAGAUUGAGGACGUAUGUUCAUUUAUAAUAAAUUUAUGUCCAUAUUGUGAACAUGUAAGAUAAUCAAAGCAUUGUUUGUUUUAUAGUCUUAUUGGGAAGGGAGAAGGAAACAAGAAUUUCCGACGUGCUGUUUAAUAUUUGUAUUUUGAAUAUUUAAAUAUUCAGAUGAUAAGGUUGCCAAAGUAGUUUUGAAUUGACAAGAGUUAUUUAUACCACAGUCACGUGGGAAAUGUUUACAGGCUUUUUAUUAUUGUAGUGGCCCUUCUGUAGUUCAGAUGAAUUUGCAUUUAAGACACUCAUAGUAAAUACUUUAUGGUGGUUAUUUGUUGGAAUAAACAUCUCAUAAUAAUAUGACAAGACAUGGAUAAAUUAUGCCUCAGCAUGCUUUUUAUGUAAGCAGUCACAUCCAAAAAGUAACUGACUUUAUGUUAAUGUUGCUUACUCUACUCAUGGGCUUCAGCUACCCAGCCACAAUGCCUGCGAUCAUUUUUUAUGGUGUUUCCUCUAAGUGAAAUAGCUAUGUUAUUAAAGCCCGCCAGGUUAAUUUUAUCAAGUGUCAGAGUUACUGAUCUCUUGGUAAAUACAUAUUGGUGGCUCAGUGUGAUUACAAGCUGCAACGACUAUUUUAUGAAAUACUUAGAAAAUUCUAUAGAUACCAAGAAAUUUUUAUAGUCCUAAGACAUUUUGGAGGUAUAAUUGCUAAUACAUAAUCUCCCCAAUUUUACAAAGAACCUAUGAAAUUAUUCACUAAGUUGUAUGUUCAGGUUCAACUUACUUUAUAAUGUCUGUAACUAUUGCCAUCACAAUAUUUUAUUACGUAUAGAGUUCAUUUAUUCUUAGUAGUAAUUGCUACAGUAAGCCUUUUAAUGGUAUUUUAAAAAAAAAAAAAAA